UGCUGUAGAGCGGUGAUUGAAGGGAGAGCAGAACGGCGGUGGCGACGACGGCCAUCUUAGAGCUACCGUGGUAACCGACACUCAUCUUCUGGAUUUUAUUUUUCUUGUAAGAGAAACAUUUCGGCCGACUGACGAGAGAAGAAGAAGGUUGUUUUUCACUUCACCGCCGUUGAACUCGAAGUCGGGAUGCGGUUCCGAGGGAAUAAACAAUUUGCAUCCGCUGUCGGACUGGUCCUCGGACUAUUAUGUGCGGUGGAGGCAGCUAAAGUCAAUAAGCACAAACCAUGGAUCGAGACAACGUACCAUGGGAUCGUAACGGAAAAUGAUGACAAAGUGCUUCUGGACCCCCCUCUAAUUGCACUGGACAAGGAUGCUCCUCUACGUUAUGCAGAAAGUUUUGAGGUGACCCUCACUGAAGAAGGUGAAAUUUGCGGCUUCAGAAUCCAUGGACAGAAUGUCCCCUUUGAAGCUGUGGUCCUGGACAAGUCCACUGGUGAGGGGGUGAUCCGGGCCAAGGACAAACUGGACUGUGAGCUGCAGAAGGAGCACACCUUUACCAUCCAAGCCUACGACUGUGGAGAGGGUCCUGAUGGAGCAAACAUGAAGAAAUCGCACAAGGCCACUGUUCACAUCCAGGUUAAUGACAUCAACGAGUAUUCACCAGUGUUCAAGGAGAAGUCUUACAAAGCCACCGUUAUUGAGGGAAAGAAGUAUGACAGCAUCUUGAAAGUUGAGGCUGUGGACGCCGACUGCUCUUUCCAGUUCAGCCAAAUCUGCAACUACGAGAUCGUCACCCCUGAUGUCCCCUUCACCAUUGACAAAGACGGCUUUAUCAAGAAUACUGAGAAACUGAGCUACGGCAAAGAACGCAUGUACAAGCUGACCGUGACGGCCUAUGACUGUGGAAAGAACCGAGCCUCUGAGGACGUUCUGGUCAAGAUCAGUGUCAAGCCUACCUGCAAACCCAGCUGGCAAGGAUUCAAUAAGAGGAUUGAAUACGAGCCCGGCACAGGUAGCCUUGCCCUUUUCCCAAGCAUGCACUUGGAGACCUGUGAUGAGCCAAUCACGUCCAUCCGAGCCAACAUUGAACUAGAAACCAACCAUAUUGGGAAAGGCUGCGACCGUGACACCUACUCUGAGAAGUCUCUGCACAAGCUGUGCGGAGCCAGCUCUGGCACCGUGGAGCUCCUGCCUGCACCCAGCAGCUCCUCCAACUGGACGGUAGGACUGCCCACUGAUAAUGGGCAUGACAGCGACCAGGUGUUUGAGUUUAAUGGCACCCAGGCCAUCAAGGUUCCUGAUGGCAUGGUAAGCACCAGCCUAAAGGAGCCCUUCACCAUCUCUGUGUGGAUGAGACACGGUCCCGGGGCCCAUGAGAAGGAGACCAUCCUCUGUAACUCUGACAAGACAGAGAUGAACAGACACCACUACUCGCUCUACGUUCACAACUGCAGACUGAUCCUACUCCUACGCCAGGAUCCAUCUGAGGCGGAGAACUACAAACCAGCUGAGUUUCACUGGAAACUUGACCAGGUGUGUGAUAAGGAGUGGCAUCACUAUGUGCUGAAUGUGGAGUUCCCCACUGUUUCUCUCUUUGUGGAUGGAACUACAUUUGAGCCCUUCCUGGUCACAGAAGACUACCCUCUGCAUGCUUCAAAGAUCGAAACUCAGCUCACCAUUGGUGCUUGCUGGCAAGACAACUCAGGACAUGACAAUGACACUGAGUCAGUCUCUGAGCCCGCCUCAGGUGCAAACGCCCGUAUGGCUCAGUUUUUCCGGGGCAACCUGGCCGGGCUGAUGAUCCGCUCAGGCAAGCUGGAGAACAAGAAGGUGAUUGACUGUCUCUACACAUGCAAGGAAGGACUUGACGUGCAGCUUCCUGAGGAGGUAGCCUCAGCUGUCAAGGUUGAAUUCAACCCCAACCAGUCCUCCCUGACUGUGGAGGGCGACGACAUUGAUGCCUUCGACAAGGUCAUGCAGCACAUCUCCUACUUGAACUCCCGCCAGUUCCCCACCCCUGGCAUCAGACACCUUCGCAUCUCCACCACCGUCAAGUGCUUUAACGAGGAGGCCUGUGUAACGGUGCCAGAUGCUGAAGGAUAUGUGAUGGUGCUCCAGCCAGAAGAGCCCAAGAUCAGCUUGAGCGGCAUUGAUCACUUCGCCCGCAGUGCUGCUGAAUUCGAGAGCCAGGAAGGUGUGACGCUGUUCCCGGAGCUACGCAUUGUUAGCACCAUCACCCGGGAGGUGGAGGCCGACACCGAGUCUGAGGCAGCUGAGGGAGCUGAUGAUGACCCUACAGUCCAAGAGACAGUGGUGUCAGAAGAGAUUAUGCACAACCUGGACACAUGUGAAGUGACUGUGGUAGGAGACGAGCUGGAUGGAGAGCACGAGAGCCUGGAGCUGGACGCAUCCCAGCUGCAGCAGCAUGGCUUGGAAAUGAGCUCCUCAAACAUGGGCCUUGUCGUCACAGGUGUGAACACCAUGGCCAACUAUGAGCAGGUCCUGCAUCUUAUCCGUUACAAGAACUGGCACACUGAGGCUCUCUUUGACAGGAAAUUCAAACUGGUCUGCUCUGAACUCAAUGGUCGUUACAUCAGCAACGACUUUAAGGUCGAGGUGAAUGUAAUCCACACAGCAAGUCCAGUGGAGCACGCCAACAAUGCCAUGGUGCAGCCAAACUUUAUUAACCCUGUGCAUCAUGCCUCUGUGGAUCUGUCAGGGCACAACCUGGUCAACGCUCACCAGGCCUCAGUGGUUCCUAGCGCUGCCACCAUCGUUAUCGUAGUGUGCGUCAGCUUCCUGGUGUUUAUGAUCAUCCUGGGCGUGUUCCGCAUCCGUGCUGCACACCAGCGCACCAUGAGAGACCAGGAGAACGGCAAGGAGAACGAGAUGGACUGGGAUGACUCAGCACUCACCAUCACUGUCAACCCCAUGGAGACAUACGAGGACCAGCACAGCAGCGAGGAGGAGGAAGAAGAGGAGGAGGAGAGCGAGGACGGGGAGGAGGAAGAUGACAUCACAAGCGCUGAGUCAGAGAGCAGCGAAGAUGAAGAGGGCGGGGAGCCAGAGGACCAGCAGGGGGCCAGCAGACAGCAGCAGCUGGAGUGGGACGACUCCACCCUCACCUACUAGAGCAACAUAGUCACACACACGCAUUACAGUUAACACAAGCACACACACAUCACCAAAUCACACUCCCUGCUCAGCACACACUCCCAUCCUGUACAGCUACAUGUCCAAGGAGCCAUGAUGUAAAAAAAGGAAAAAAAAACAAAACAAAAAAGAAACAGAAAAAUUCCCUUCAGCGUAUAUAUGGUCAAGUUUUUCCUGUCGUUAUCUUAGUGGUGGUACUCAGUGUAGUGUAGUCAUCACCGGAUUGCUGAUUUUUACUGUUUAUUUUUUUAUUUAUUAUAUUUUGAUUCCCGGGAAAACUUGGCCUACAUUUGUUUUGAACUGUGUGAGGAAGCCAACCCUGCACUUUUUUUCUCUCAGACAUAAGGCUCUCAAAUGGAGGAUUUAUUUUCCUGAUGUACAUUCUUUGCUCAAUGCUUUUAGAAUCGUUUGCCGCUAAAUUCACAUAUAGCUUUGACUUGAGUUUUCUUGACUUGUAGUCCUCGGUAAACAACGCUUUUAACAAGUAGACUGCAUUUUCUUUUUUCUUUGUGUUCUUUUAGUGCAUGAGGAUAUUUGAGAAGUCAUAUGUGUAGAGAAAUUUACUGCUUUUUAAAGAUUUUGUAAAUAUAAAGAAACCAUGUAAUUAGUCAAUGUGUUAGUGGAGGCCUACUCAAACGGGGUCCAGUAUCUUAAAUGACGCAGUACGUAAUGAAGAAUAUUUGUGUCACACAGGCUGUAGCAUGUCGCUCAAUUUCUGAAAAAGCCGUACCAUCCUGCUUGUACAAAAAAAUGUCUGCUUCAUGAUGAGAAACUGGGGACUUUAAACAGAGGUUUUCAUGGCAAAGUCAUGCCUGUUUUAUCUUUUUUUUUUAAAGAAGGAAAAUCAUUUCUAUUUUUUUCUAUUGGGCAGGAUUGGAUGGUUUCAGCUUCAUAAUGCUUUGCUUUGCUUGCACAGGCGUCAGUGUAUUUCAUUCCCGAUAGAUCUCACUGUUGUACAGAAGGGAUUUUCUUUUAUUUUGUUCAGGGUAAUCACUCAUGCUAAUAUACAAAUGGAUAUUUGGAGUGGAAUGGUAUAAAUCCCAGGCCAGCAGGUACCUAAGUGCUGUUGAUCUGGAAGUAUAGGUACUAACAUUUCUGCCAGGACAUGUCAAGAGAUUUCCUCAGCUUAAAGAGCUUUUCGAGCGUAUCCCAGUCCUGAGGUGCUGACAGAAGUGAGGGGAAAAACAUUCAAGCUACUGAAAGAGCAGGUUUUUAACAGACAGAGCUUUAUUGGAGCUGCUGGUGUUGUUUAUUGGGAGAGAGAAGAGAAAUGAAAGUACUUUUCAGGAUUGCAUUACUGCAAGUUUAUUUAAGUGGCACGGCUUUUAAACCUGAAAAAAUAAAGCUAAUAUAAGGUACAUUUAAAACUGGUUUCCUAUUGCAAAAUAAGCAGCUUCUCUACAUAGACAACUGCUUAGUUUAAAAUAGGGAAACACAUGAAAAAUGAACCUUGUUGAAUUCUUAAAAUGACAUAUUUUUUGCAGUAGACCACUAGAUUUUAUUGUACAUGGAACUGUACUGUAGAGAUGUUCUAAAGAUAUUUGUUUACAUUUGGUAAACUUAUUUUCCUUCUGGUAAUAGUAUAAAGCUUAUACAUUUGAUUGGGAAAAUGUGUCCGACCUCUCAGACUCUGUUGUAUAUAUCUUUCACAAAACCAGAAACAAAUGUAACUUCACACUUUACUGUCAAGUUUUUGUGUCUUUUCUUUUCUUUUUUGGGGGGGUACCAAGUAAAUGUAAACACUUCCCAAACCUGCGUUAAAAAAGCAGAUCAGAUUUGGGGCAUUGAGGUGAACAGAAUGUGGCAUCUUCACGUGUUGCGAGUCUUUGCUUUGCAUGCAAAUCUAUUUUCAGAGGCCAAAUGGAUUUGAAAUGAACAAAAUGGUUUCUUUUAAGGGUUUCAGUCCCACAGUCAGGUAUUUUAGCUUCAUUUAAUUUAUGAUUUUUAGGAUGUCUGGGGUGCAAAGUGAGUAAAGUCUCCCCUCCAUGAUGACUUGGACUUGUUCAAAGAGUGCCAGGUCUGAACCGGCUGAGAUGGGAGUGCCUUUUUCCGAUCAUAGCGCAAUUAGCAGGUCUAACAAAAACACUCAUUUGUGCGCUUUUAUUUGUGAAAACUUUUGAUUGUUUUUUUUAUUUGUGUUUGUUUAAAGCUAGAGAUGGGGAUUUACAUUUCUUUCAGUUUGUUGUAACAAUAGUCCACCGCUAGUUUGAUUAAAAGUGAAAAACGUUUUACAUAGAUGUCAUGUGUCCAUGUUGAUGUUUAGAGGAACUAGAUCCAUAUUGUAUCUUCUAUAGAUAUUGUACUAAAUCAUAGACGGAAUCCACCUUUAAAAAGUUGUACAGUACAUUAUGAAAUUGCUUUGGCAGCAUACAUGGGUAUACUGUUAAUUCACCUAUUUGUGUAUAGUGGAAGGUCAUUUUGAACAGUGUCCUAUUGCCUGAGUUGUUGCGAUAUGAUUUUGAGGGCAGCAUGAAUUUCACAUGAACCAGAGAAUAAUAAAAGCCUGUCGACUCGGAGAGUUUCAUUUUGUCAAACACUCGAUGUCCACGUUUCAUCUACAGCUUAAAAAUACAAACCCAAGGGUCACUGCUCUGUGCACACUGACUCUUUAGUCUCUCCACAGUGACUCCACCAUCUCCAGUUUUCUGAGUGUAAUGCUUUGUGAUCAGCCCCUGAGCUAAGUGUAAGUUGGUUGAAUUGAAUGUCACUGCCUAACAAACUGAAAUGCAGCCAUACUGUAAUAACACUUCAAAUGUAAAGGGGCAUUUUACUUUGCAUGAACCACAGCUUUGUGUUACGUUCCAUGUGGGCUUGUGAGACCAGAGUGAGAAAAGGAGGCGUGAUACACUACUGAUUCUCAGAUUGUCUGUUUCACAUGUCCAGAUAUUUUUACUUUCCCCCCGUUUUGUUUUCUUUUAAACUUUUUCUCAAAACGGAAGGUAACAAUGUUUUCAGAACGAUUGAAUGCUUCCUUUCUGCUUGUUGGAGCUGCUCUCACUUUUCUACCAAUUUAAAGGCAAAUUGUAGUGAAGUUGAUGCUUGCUCAUAAACAAAAUAAAGGAUGACAAG